GCUGGCAAACAGCGGUGGAAGCUUUUGCAGCGGUCGCCGGUUCUGGGCUGCGGUGGUACUCUACGCUCCUCAGAGCUGACCCUUUCAGCGCUCCGCUCCCGCGCCAGCCUACCUCGCUCCUCGGCGCCAUGACCACCACCACCACCUUCAAGGGCGUCGACCCCAACAGCAGGAAUAGCUCCCGGGUUUUGCGGCCUCCAGGUGGUGGAUCCAAUUUUUCAUUAGGUUUUGAUGAACCAACAGAACAACCUGUGAGGCGGAACAAAAUGGCCUCUAGCAUCUUUGGGACACCCGAGGAAAAUCCCCCUUCCUGGGCCAAGUCGGCAGGUGCCAAGUCUUGCGGUGACCGGGAAGAUUCUGAGUCAUCUGGACCCCAGAGAAGUAACUCUUCUGAAGCAAGCCCUGGAGACUUCUUAGAUCUGAAGGUCCAGGGAGAAGGUGAUGUUCAUGAAAACGUAGACACAGACGUGCAGGCCAGCCUGGGGCAGAGCGAGGAGAAGCCUGUGCCCGCAGCCCCUGUGCCCAGCCCAGUGGCACCGGCGCCCGUGCCAUCCCGGAGAAACCCCCCUGGUGGCAAGUCCAGCCUCGUCCUGGGUUAGCUCCGUCUGCCCUGAACUCUGUCGUUUCGUUUCUUUGUUUUCUCCAUGCUUGUGAACUGCACAACUUGAGCCUGACUGUACAUGUUUUGGAUUUGUUUCAUUAAAAAAGAAGCACUUUA